CGUGAUCAUUAUUGCAUUCAUAUGUGUAGGCAUGUAAUGUAUACAGAGUGCGGGCUGUGGGUGUGGGGGGAGUCUGCUAUUAGCAGCUGCCUGCUGCCCCUGCUGCCUGCUGUAGUCACUCUCUCUGAUAUCUGAUUUCCGAUUCCCCACUUUCCCACCACACCCACCCACCCACACGCUUUCCAAAUCUCUCCUUUCUUCCAAGAUAAAUAAAUUCAAAGUGGAGAGAGACCAACAUAGUCAAACACGCCAACCAGACUAGCCCAUGUUGUUGGUGUGUGUGGCCCAACUCCACCUGUUCCCUCCCACUCAGACACUCCCCCCUUCCACGUGCGCCUCUCUGUCACCCCCUCCAAUCCCACUUUCACACCUCAUCCACUGUACCCUUCUCUUCCAUCUUCAUCACUUCUUUUGUCAACUCAAAUUCCCAUAACCCCCUCCUUUCUUUAUUACCCCAUUCUCCAACAAUAUUAACUUCCCAAUCCCACAUCACAUUAAUUCAUUAAACACAACUUUGAAUCAAACUUAAAUCUUGAACUUAAAUAUGAGGCGCCGCUCAGGGUCAGGCACAGCCGUACGAACAUCACCAGUAGGGCUGACGUCACUCACGGAACCCCAGUCACACGUCUCAUCACCCGGCGGCUCUCUCCGCGGGGCCCACCCUAUCUUCAAUCACAGCCCUGCGAUCCCACACAUCAACCAUCAACGGCUCAUAUAAAAAACUAACCAUUUUAUCCAAAUCCAAAACUUGCAUUAUUACGGUGUAUAUAACCAGACCAUAAUAGUAAAAAAGAAAAGGGAGGGGGGUCGUGCCGGCUAGCCGUCGAUUACGGGAGCCAUAAGCGGGUCCCUCCACUCUCACGCUAUCUUCUUUCUUCUCUUCUCUUGAGCUUUGCUUUCAUUAUUCGCACUUUUCAAAUGGCAUCUUCUUCUUCUUCAGCUUCUCGUGAGGGACACUACAGAGGGGUUAGGAAGAGGCCAUGGGGACGUUACGCUGCUGAGAUACGCGAUCCUUGGAAGAAGACACGUGUAUGGCUUGGUACAUUCGAUACUCCUGAAGAAGCCGCCCUAGCUUACGACGGUGCCGCGCGUUCUCUCCGUGGUGCUAAAGCCAAGACUAAUUUCCCCCCGGCUCCGGUCGCCGCCGCCGGAGGAAUCUGUCUCGACCUCAACGUUAACGCUCCUAACUCUGAUCAUCAUCGCUGGCCCUCCGUACCGGUUCGCGCCGGCGUUGGCGGUGGUGGAAUCUUCGGCGAGUUUCUCCAUACUCGCGUUCUCAAGGACGUUGAUCUGGCUCAUCAACCGCAUCAGCCGCCUCCGCCGCAUCCGAUUCAUCAUGCGGCGGCGUUAGCAGCUCAUCACCACAGACGCGGCGAGGUGACAGUAGCGGUUGCCGGAGGAGGAGUAGAGCAGGUGGCGGGGAGUGGUUCAACGGCGUCGUAUCUAGGGCUUGUUCGGCGCGGGAUCCCGAUCGAUCUGAACGAGCCUCCACCUUUGUGGCUUUGAAGGUUGAAUAGUAGUGACUAGUGAGAUCUUGUUUUGUAGACUCUAAACGACGUAGUUUUAUGCUCCGUAUGCGUAUUCCUCCCUUGUCAUAUCUACUUUCUUUUGUUUAGCAUGCUUAGUAUAGUUAGUACGUAGUUUAAUUAUAACCAUGGUUGAGGCUUUGAGGGAGCAGUAGCAGUAUUAGUAGUAUCUGUGUGCUUUCUUUGUUAAUCUAACAUUUUACAUCUAUCACAUGGAAAUGAAAGCUUCAUGUUGUAUAUA